CAUGGCUGAUGACAGCGUGAAGAGCGAAGUUUCAGCCCAGAGGGAAGAGGAGAAUGGAGAUAGUAAGAGCAAUGAGAAGACAGGCAGCGCUGAUGGGGAAACUGCAGCAGAGAAGCAAACUGUGUCCAAAAGGCAAAGAAAGAAGCUCCUGAAGCAGCAGAAAUGGGAAGAAGAGAGGGAGCUCCGGAAGCAGAGACGGAAGGAGAGAAAGCAGCAGCGCCGGCUGCAGAGGCACAAUCACCAGGAGGAGGAGGGAGGAGAGGCUCUGAAUUUCCGGAAACGUCCACGCAGAGAGGUGACGCCCAGCUCACUGAGGCUGGUGGUGGACUGCAGCUUCGAUAACCUCAUGCUAAUCAAG